AUGCCUAGAAUAUCGGCGCACUCACAUGUCCUCAUAAGACGGCAGCACAGUUCCCUCCUUGCGCUGUCGCAGAAAGACGCGGCUCCCGCCCGCGCGACGUACUCGAGCCGGAUGACGGUGGGGAUCUCGCACAAGCGCGGGGACGCGAGGCGGCGCGCCACGCGCGUGCGCAUCGGCGAGGCGCGAGGUAACCAUUGCAAUGCGGCAAAGAUCUCCGUGAGGAUCCGUGGGGUCUUGGGAGGAUUCAAUGCAAGGGCGGAGUGGGAACUCACCAAAAAGGUUGUCCGCCAGGCCGAUCUUCGACUGGGCCACCUUCAAACUCAGGGAGGAAUACUCGUGCAGGAGUCGAACCUGCAGCGACCAGGCGCUGCACGUGCCACGCUUAGCCGCCGCAUAACGCGGUGGGAUGGCGUGCGGGAGGGCACUGGUAACGGAGCUCCAUUCCGAGCGCUAGCGGACUUGUGCAGACUCCCCGCGUCCACUUCGCGCACCCCGCAACUUCGCGCACCCCGCAACUUCGCGCACCCCGCAUCUCUUCGUGUUCUUCCCUCACUCACCGUUUCACGCUUACGCUCGUCCACCCUCACGCCUGUCGAAUUUGCCCCGGAAUUGGUGUCAUGUCAACGGCGCCCAGGCCCCAGACCGCACACCUCUUCGUCUCACCCGCGCCGCACGCGCCCGCACUCACCCUCACCCGUGCCCACACCGGCACACUCUACGUUCGCCCGUGCUCUCACCAUCCCAGACAUUCUCAGCACGGUGAUCGAAGCCUCGGACCCGCGGCGAUGUACCACUGGCCCGCUCCUGUCCGGCCCUAAUCGCGUCGCCGCUCCCUGCCGCGAGCACAUCCCGACGGACGCGCCGCGCGCAUACAUUUGA